CUUCUCGACUCACGUGGGUUCUGUUGGACCGAACCGGGCUCGUCUUUAAAGACGAGGUUAGUUUAGUUCUUUAGAAAAUGGCUCAAAUGGACCUGGCUAAAGUCGGAAAGAACUUGCUGAAGAGCGCUGAAGGCGGAGAGAAAGUAGAGCUCCAGUCUCUGUGGCAGGACCAGCCUGUGGUGCUGUUCUUCCUGCGCAGGUUUGGCUGCCAGGUGUGUCGAUGGAUGGCUUCAGAGAUCAGCAAACUGGAGCCGGACCUCAGGGCCAACGGGGUCUCGCUGGUGGGAGUCGGACCAGAGGAGCUCGGGCUGCAGCAGUUUAAAGAAGGAGGGUUUUUUAAAGGAUCCAUUUAUGUCGACGAACAAAAGAAGUGUUACAAGGAUUUGGGUUUUAAAAGGUACACAGCUUUGAGCGUGAUUCCUGCUGCUUUGGGGAAGAAAGUACGAGAUGUAGCUUCUCAGGCGAGCACUGCAGGAAUUCAGGGCAACUUCUCAGGUGAUCUGCUCCAGAGUGGAGGGUUGCUCAUCGUGGCAAAAGGUGGCGAAAAGGUGUUGCUGCACUUCGUCCAAGACUCCCCAGGAGAUUUUGUACCUCUAGAGGACAUUGCCAAAGCCCUCGGCAUCUCAGCCACGGUGAAAGCAGGACAGAAGCCGGUGUGCAAUGAUGAAGUUUGUACGCGCUGAUGAAGAACGUUUUGGUUAUAUCUAAACUGUGCCUGAGAUAAUAAAAAAGGGGGAAAUAUAAUAAAAUUGUUUAAAGAAGAAAUAAUCACUGGUAAGAUUCUAAUAUCAUAAAUGCCUUUUUUGUGAUGUACAGUUGAUUUUUUUGUAAUUCUUUUUACAAAAGCUCAGGAUUCAUGCAGCUGUUUUAUAUUACAAAUACUCUGCAUUUUUUUUGUUAAUACUAAUAACAAUUGGUAUUUGUUUUCAUUUUAAUUUAAAGGUAAUUCAAUUGAUUACAUUGAUCACAAUUUAUUUUUUGUACAUUUUAAAGGCAAAAAGCUUAUGACUGUUUUUCCAUUUGUCUGUGAAGUAUUUUAAAUUAAAAUGAGUUCUUUGCUUCAAUUGUAAGUAAUAAAUAAACAAAGACAUUUGCUUUAUUA